AUGCAGCAAUACCAACGCCAAUUAUUCCCUAGAGAAAGGAAUCAAAUGGACCCACACCGGGUACCAUGUCCACAAUGCCCUCGCACGUACAAAACAAAACUAGCCCUAACCGCCCAUUUGAAAUAUGAGUGUGGCAAGGAACCCCAAUUCAGAUGCCCUUAUUGUUCCCAUCGAACACACCACAAGGGACAACUACAAGUACACAUUAAACGAAAACAUAAAGAUAUUUUGCAAGUCAUGCCAAAUCUACCAGUUCCUUAUCCGCUACCUCAAAACAACCUCAACCUCAACCCAGCAGCUGGAAGCCAAAUACUCGAUGUGGAGAAAUUUAAGGCGCUUCAAUUGUUCCAAAGUUUAGCAGCAGAAAUGCUGCCAGCUUCAAAUUUAUCUGAAGAAGCCAAAAGUAAUAGUUCGACGAGCAGUAGUCACUAUGCAACGGAACAAGGAGAUCCUAGUUUACAAAAAUAUCCGGAUGUUUCGACUUCUGGACGAAAUUUUCCUCAAGAACCUUCUGGAUUCAGUGGCGAAAUAUCCUGGUUUUCGUCAUCCAGUUCUCCAUGGCAAAUUCAAGAAGUUUACUCACCUGGUUUAGGAGCAGAUGUGGACGGCGGACCUUUCCCUUGCCAGCAAUGCCAUCGAGUUUACAAGUAUAAGAGAAAUCUAACUUCUCAUCAAAGACUAUCCUGCGGCAAAGAGCGGCAAUUUCUUUGUUUAACUUGCGGCAAACGUUUUGCUCAAAAAGUGCACUUAAGAACACAUCAUAGGUCGUGUGAUAGAAAGAAUAGUUCGGGAUUUCCGAGCACAUUAAGCAAGAUCCUACAGAAUCCCAAAAAAAUUGUCACAGAAGCACCAUCGAUAAGUGUCAUCAAAUUAUCAAAAAUUGCCGAACCAAAUCUACAAAAAUCGAAAUUUUCAAUAGAGGAAAAUGAACUUCAUAUUCCACAUUGCUCCUUCGGAUCAAUUUCUUCAAGUACCGAGAUCAAUAGAAUUCGCCCAAUUUUUACUCCAAGAUAUCGAUGUCCACGAUGUGCUACGUGGUAUUCGCACAAAAAUUCAUUAAAUGAACAUUUGCAGUUUGAAAAUUGUGCAGGACAAAAGUUAAAAUGUCCCUGGUGCGAUGAAACUUUUCGAUUAGCGCAGCAACUUACAGUGCAUGUUGCAAGACAUAAGCGUCAGGAGUAA